AUGGCCGACCCAGAAAUCGACAAUCUCAAUUCUGACCAAAACAUUGGUGAUAAUAUAUUCGUUACAACAAUGGAUCAUCCAGAGUCGGUUGCUAGCAAUGUUUACGAAACGCCAAAUGGGACUAGGUACUGGACACCCAUUGUCCCCCAUGGAGUCAAACCUGUUUUGAAAGCUAGAUUUACUACGAUUGAACAAGCAGUUGCAAUGUACGAGGAGUACGCGCAACUUGCAGGAUUUGGAACCUGUUUGGGUACUUCGAAAAAAGUAAAAAUAGGCAACGAGGUAAUUACAACUCGGCGAUACGUUUUAUGCUCUAGGGCGCCAGUGAACAAACAUAAACAUAAAGAAACUAACCCUGAUGAUAUUGACUCAACUUCACCAUCGCGUCGUUCCAAUGUUAAAGUUACAGAUUGUAAGGCAUGUGUGAAGUUUCGUCGUAUAAAAAAGUCAACUGAUUAUGAAAUCUAUGGUUUUGUUGAAGAACACAACCAUGGGUUUACAUCUCCCGAGAAUCUUGACUUAUCACUAAAGCGAAGAAAGCUUGAUUUUUCUACACAAGAGUUCAUAGCAAAGUGCCGCAAUUCUAAUCUUGGCCCUACCAAAUCCCACAAGGUACAUGUUGCAAUAAAAGGUGGUCACCAUAAUGUUCACGGUACCGUUGUGGACUACAAAAAUUGUGGCCGUGACAUUCGAGAUUUUAUUGGCGAUAGAGACGCGCAAAUGAUAAUUGACAAGUUCAAAGCUCGAAGCGAAAAUAAAGUUAAUUACACUUUCGAUACCCAUAUUGAUGAUAUGGAACUUCAGUUAAUUUUUUGGUGUGCUGGCGUUUCUAAACUAAACUACGAAGCGUUCGGUGAUGUUUUAGCGUUCGACGCAACGUACGAUAUGAUUUUUGUGCCUUUCACGGGAGUUGACCAUCAUAAAAAGUGCACAAUAUUUGGGGCUGGGUUGUUACAUAAUGAGACUAUUGAAUCAUACACAUGGCUACUCCAAAAAUUUCUUCAAGCACACAAUGGAAAACAGCCACUCUUGAUAUUAACUGAUCAGGAUUGUGCUAUGAAACAAGCUGUCGCCAACGUGUUUGACAAGUCCAUCCACAGACUAUGUAUGUGGCACAUUAUUCAAAAGUUGCCAGCAAAGAUCAAGGGUAACGACAAAAGGAACGCGGAAAUCAAGAAAAAAUUCCACAAACUUGUAUGGAAUGUUUACAUCAAACCAGAAACCUUUGAAAAGAGAUGGCAUUUACUUAUUGCUGAGUACGGUUUGGAAGAGCAUUCUUGGUUGACUGAGAUAAAAGUAUUCUUGGAUGUCCAAAAGGAAAUUCUCAAGGGUAAGGAGAAUAGCUACAUUGCUGAACGAUCAAUAUCAGAUGGAGUAAACUGUUUCGUGAUUGCUCACCAAGAUCAGACAUCAGAAGUUUUAAAUGAGUUCAAGCAAUUCACCCUUAAAUUGCAGGUCACGUUUAACAAAGAAGAUCUAUCAGUUACCUGCAAGUGUAUGGGUUUCACCCGAAAUGGAUAUCUAUGUCGUCAUGUGUUCUGUGUACUUGGCCAUCAUAACGUACAUAAGAUUCCAACACAAUAUAUUCACCCAAGAUGGAGGAGAGAUGCUAUUCCUAGCAGUGUGUAUAGCCUUGAGAACAGGUUAUCUGUUGAACAAAGCAGUAGCGGAAGAUUAUGGCGCAACAUAUUAGAUAAUUUGGAAAUGUGUAGAGACAGAGUGAGAGGCAAGAUUGAUAAAUUAGAGGAACUCGAUGCUCAAGUACAGGCAUUAAAAGAUAAGAUCUUUGCAGAAGUUCCAUAUGAUCCGGAAGUUAAUAAGAAGGCUAUCGUCUACCAGGAAAUUCUUUCGCAUGCCAUACCAGAGGAGCUCUCGUGUACUGCACCGAAGAAAAUCCGUAACAAAGGCUGUGGAAAGAAUAAACGACCGGUUGGCUCAAAAGAAAUAGCAAUAAAGAAAUUCAAAAGAAAGAGAAGAAAAUGUAGUGUUUGUGGGAAACGGGUAAGGAAGCAUGAUAAAAGGAAUUGUCCAACUAAAAAAGGUAAACCAACGAAGGAUGAUUCAUCUACCGAAGAAGUUGACGAGGAAGAAGACGAUGACCAUUAUGAGUACGACGAAGGAAAUGAAACCGGUACUGACGGCGAAGGAAACGAAACCGGUACUGAUAGCGAAGGAAACGAAACCGGUACUGAUGGUGAAGAUAACGAUAGUGACAGCUAG